AUGGCAGAACUUUAUCUUCAUCCGGGAGUAGAUCCACUCUCACGAAUAUCAAUUCCUAGUCAAGUGGAAUCUGAUAGCAAUUCAUCAAAACAACUAACACCAACACUCCAAACAAACUCAAUGAACAACCCAUUUGCAUUAAUAUAUGAUUCAGCUGAUUCAUUAAAAAAUCGAACUUCUGCAGCUAGUCCCCCACCUAAUCGAUUUCAUGAUGAUGCCUCAUAUCGACAAAUCCUGAGUAAUUUCACAAAGGCAGGUCUGACACUGAAUCAACAACCAAGUCAUACGAGGACUCUAAGUCCCAAUGAUCAACAAUACUUGAAUUUACCUCCACCACAUCGAAUAAAUCCCGAUGCGGUUCCUACUGUUACAAUCAUUGACGAAAGAUUACUAAAGAGAAGUGGAUCGAUUAUAUCGAAAUCAGCAACAUUGAGAAAUAGAAAUAAGAUAAAGCAACGAAAUAAAACUGUUCUAAAGCAUGAUUUACAAGAUGAUGAAAAUGAUGAUCAUGAUACUAAAACUAGACCACGAUUUGUGUUUCCAAUCAAACGCAAGACAUCAUUAAAAUAUAAGUCAUUAGCAUCCCUGACUAAGCCCAAUUUCAGUAGUCGUGAACAAUUAGUGCAAUUCUUGAAUAAUUGCAAUUAUCAAGAAUGGUUACAUACUUUGAUACCUUCCAAAAUGAAAGUAUUUAAACAUAAGAAUAUCCUAAAAGUUCAUCCCGAUUUAACAUAUCAAUUGAAAUUAUUUGAAAUUAAUUCAAAGGGAAACAUCACAAGUAGAAAGAAUUCUACUAAAUUAAUACCAAAAUUAACAAGCAAAGGUCCAAGAACACUUGUGGGGUUGGCAUAUCAGAAAUAUCGAGAAAACGUAUUUGCCAGAAAUAGUAGUGAAAUACCACCACCUAAAUUCCAAGAUUUAUACCCAGAUGACGUAGACUUGUUAUCCGAUUUCGAGAUUGAACAAAUAAAUACCCAAUUCUUGUUUGAAAUCUUAUUGAGACGGACUAUUCUGGCCAAAAUAGAAUUCAGACUUCAAUCCAAUCGACCACAAUUCACAUCUCCAUGGGCGACAACAACAUCAUCAUCAUCAUGGAAAUCAUCGUCAAGACACUCAGGUUCGACAAGUACAGGCACAUCUGAUUCACAAUUUGCAUCCCCAUCAGAAUCAUAUGAUGGAUCUAACGAAUUUGGUGACAGCCAAUCGGCAUCAUUUUCGGCAUUAUCAUCGUCAAUAAUCAAAUCUUCAUCAUCUUCUCGAAAAUCACCUAGAACUAGAGGGGGGCAUAAAUGCCCUCCACCACUUGGAAUAACAUCUUCCCCCAAGUCUCAUUUUCCACACGUUCCCCCAUCAAGAAUAUCAAUUGACAGGCAUCACGGAAAACAACUGCAAUCUACGACUGAAUCAAAUCUGGCAUUCACGCAGACAUCGAAUCAAUAUCAACAUCACCACCAGCAGCACCAUCAUCAAAAACAACAAUCGCAGGAUCUACAACAACAGAGCAAUAAUCUGAUGGAAUACGAAUUAAAUCCAAGACAUAGAUCACAAGACACGAUUUCGUCAACACGAACCUCAUUACAACAUACUUCAGCAGACGAGAAGGUACGAUUGAAGGUUAUGGAAAGGGAGUUUAGGUUUGGAUUGGAGAAUAUUGGAGAUGGGGUAAGUGAUUUAUCAUCAUUUAUGGGUGGGAUUUUGAGUUGUGAUAGUGAGGAUAUGAAUAGGAAAACUGUGGUCGGGACUGGAACUUCUCCUUUUGGAGAAACUAUGAGUCCAGAAGUGAAGAUUUGA